AUGGGCCAACAGAAUCUAACAUUACUGACUGAAUUCAUUCUAAUGGGAGUCACAAGGCACCCUGAGUUGCAGCACCCGCUUUUUGGGGUGUUUCUCCUCAUCUACAUGAUCACAGUGGUGGGCAACCUGGGCAUGAUCAUCUUGACCAAGAUGGAUUCCCGCCUACGCACACCUAUGUAUUUUUUCAUCAGACACCUGGCCUUCAUUGAUCUUGGUAAUUCUACUGUCAUUUGUCCCAAGAUGUUAGUAAAUUUUGUUGUGGAUAAAAAUACCAUUUCUUAUUAUGCAUGUGCCACACAGAUGGCUUUCUUCAUUUUGUUCAUUAUCAGUGAACUUUUUAUCCUUUCGGCCAUGGCCUAUGACCGCUAUGUGGCUGUCUGUAACCCUCUGCUCUACAAUGUUAUCAUGUCCCAAAGACUUUGCCAUGUGCUGGUGGGCAUUCCAUAUCUCUACAGUGCCUUUCAGUCUGUGAUGUUAACCAUUAAGACUUUUACAUCCAUCUUCUGUGGCUCUAAUGUCAUCUGUCAUUUCUACUGUGAUAAUGUUCCCUUGUUUUCUAUGCUUUGCUCAAAUUCACAAGAAAUAGAAUUGAUGCUUAUAAUAUUUUCAGCAUUUAAUUUGAUAACCUCCCUCCUGGUUGUCCUGCUCUCCUACCUGCUGAUUCUGAAAGCCAUAUUUCGAAUGCAUCCUGCCAAGAGCAGGAUAAAAGCUUUCUCCACAUGUGGUUCUCAUCUGACAGUGGUGGUUGUGUUUUAUGGGACUCUAUUAUUUAUGUAUGUGCAACCCAAAUCUGCUCACUCAUAUGAUACUGGCACAAUGGCCUCUGUCUUUUACACUUUAGUCACCCCCAUGCUUAACCCUUUGAUAUAUAGCUUGAGGAACCAAGAGGUAAAAAGUGCCUUCCAUAGGGUUUUUAAAAAUUGA